AUGAUAAGAGGAAAGGACAGAGGUGUCUCGGAGAGUAAGUGUGCCCAGAUUGUAUUCCCAUGGAUCCCAGAGUCAGCCUGUGUUUGUGCUUAUUCCCACACAGGGAAGCUCUUUGUGCUGGAGUCUCAGAAUGGCUCUCAGGGGCUGGAGCUGGAGGCGGCUCUGCUUUCCUGCAAGAGCAGGGGUGCUCACCUGGCGUCUGCGGAGGAGCUGCAGAGGGUGGUCCAGGAUUGCACCUUCGCAGUGUGCACCACGGGCUGGCUGGCGGACGGCUCCCUGGGGACAACCGUGUGUAGCAAGGGGAGUGGUGAACAGCAGAUCAUGAGAGCUGUUGACGUGAGAAUUGAGAGCAGCCGGGCUCCUGGCGGCACACACAACGCCCUUUGCAUUAAGGACGAAGAGAAGCCGUGCGGAGACCCGCCUUCGUUCCCACACACCAUCCUGCAGGGACGCACCGGCUUGGAGAUGGGGGAUGAGCUGCUGUACGUGUGCGCCCCGGGCCACGUCACCGGCCACCGCGAAAGCGCCUUCACCUUGCUGUGCAACAGCUGCGGGGAGUGGUACGGCCUGGUGCAGGCCUGCGGGAAAGAUGAGGCUGAGGCACAUAUUGACUAUGAAGAUAAUUUCCCUGAUGACAGAUCUGUGUCAUUCCGAGAGCUCAUGGAGGACUCCCGGACAGAGGCAGAGGACAGGGAUCGGGGAGGGGCCUCUGAGGAGGCUCCGAAACAGGACCGUCUGGUCUCCGUUUCUGCGGGGAGAGAAAGCAUAGCCCAGGACACAGCCUUUGUGCCAAGCACAGGCUUGCCCAGUGCUGGGAGCAGUGUCCCCACGGGCCUGCCAGGGUCGAUCCUGAAAGGGAAGUACUUGUUCUGGCUUCCAGCCGAGACCUUUCACAAGCUGGAGUUGGAGAAGGAGAUGGAUGGUGACACCAAAAAGCAGCUCCCCACGGGCGACAACCACAGCGGCAUAACACUGGCCCCGGGUGAACCUGAAACCAAGGUGACGUAUAGCAGCACCGAUGGCCCCUCGGGGCCAUAUGUGGGCAGGAAUGACAGCAAGGCAGGGGACCCGAUGGUGAGCAGCAGCGACGAGUCCUGGUUAGACGGCUACCCUGUGACGGAUGGGGCCUGGAGGAAGACAGAGGCAGAAGAGGAGGGGGUGGAAGAAGUUGGGGACAAAGGGGAUGGGUCAGUAGGGCUGGAGGAAUGUGUCCUGUUUACAUCCCACCAGCCCGUUCUUGUGGACGUUAAUAAGCCCAGGAGUACCACCCUCACACCAAAUGAGGACAUGACCCAGGGUUCAGCUGUCCCAUCUCAAACACUAGGUGUAGAAGCUUUUGCUCUCAAACCCAAGAGUGUGUCUGAAACUGAGGGUCCCAGCAAGGGGGAUGGCGACUUGAGCAGGUACCAGUCAACUGUUCCUUGGAGAUUUGCCACAGAGAAGUCUCCCAUGGCCACCCUAGCCUAUGAACUCACCAGCUCUCCCCUGGAGACAGUAACAACUGCUGUCCAGAAGACACCUAACCACAUACCCUCAACUAUCAUGACGGCCACCCACACUGCCAUGGAAACCGCUGCUCCUGAGGCCCAGGAUCACUUCCCAUACCUGCUGUCGGAGGACUUCUUGGGACAGGAAGGCCCCGGCCCAGGUGCCAGUGAGGAGCUUCUUCCAACCAUGGAGCCAUGUGUAGGAGACGAGUGUCCCAGCCUCAGCAGAGGUCCCAUCAUCGCCACCGUUGUCACCGUCCUGUGCCUGCUGCUGCUCCUGGCAGGCGUGGGGGCAGUGUGGGGCUACCGCAGGUGCCAGCACAAGAGCUCUGUGUACAAGCUGAACGUCGGCCAGCGGCAGGCUCGGCACUACCACCAGCAGAUUGAGAUGGAGAAGGUCUAGCCACCUUCGGAGUGGGCUCUCCUAAAGCCACUUGGUAGGAAAAUAAACUGUGACACAUCACAUUGAUAAACACUGAGAAUUCACUAGAGCAUGAAACAGGUGGGAUAGGGCUUGCCUUUUUCUUCUCAGGUCUUUGUUUUACAGGCUGAGUGUCGCCGGAGGCACCUGGCAGGAAGGCUUUGAUGGUAUCACCGCACGUGUCAGUAUCCCUCAGCCAUCUGCCCUGGAAUGAAUUGCACUAACCCCAGACCUGGGCUCGGGCCCUAACUCCCCCACGAGGUCAAGACUCACCUCUUGCUUCAUCACACUUUUCCUUUUUAAAGAAAUAAAAUGACUGAGUCCGUGACCUGAAAUGUUUGAAAUAGGUGUUUGAGAGCAGUGUUAUUUAGGAGACAGAUAUUUAAUUGUUGGGAGUGGGAUAUAGAAGAAUAUUGGGUUAUUUCCUUUUAAUGUGAUGUUGCUGAGGGCAGAUGAGCUAAGAACGAGGACAUAGCCUAGAAGCUUUGAGACUUCUUUUUAACUGUCUGUUGAAAUUGGAGAGAAUUUAAGAUUGACAUUUUUGGGGGGAUGGGGGUGAGGAGGUGAGGAGUGGCCGGACACACAUCCACAUCUGUUCCCUCCAUUCUGUGGGACAGCCCAUUGGUUUUUAAAAAACAAGGUUAGCUUUGUACCGGUAAGCACCGUUUCCUGUCGGAAGAAGUGGCCUAGUUGUCCUUGACCAGUCUGUGCCUAGGAAUGUCUUAGAAUGUUUGCCAGGACUAACAGAACUCAGUCCUUGGUUUCCUCUCUCCAGAUUAGCCAUUUCUCUGAAUUCCAGUAAAAGGGAAUGACAUGAGAGGGGGGGAAAUUUUUUUUAAGAAGGCCAAGGACUAGGAUAUCAGGUGUGGGUACCUACUCGAUGGAGAAGCACAGGAACUGAAAAUAUGAAAUGAUCUGUUCUCAACUACUCUUCACUCUGUUGUGGCAACCGGGAGCUCUAUGGAGACAGCACAAGUCCAGUAUGGGCUCAUCUGGCUGUCAGGCAACCCGUUUCAUAGUCCCUAGAUCAUCCGAUGGUGGCUCAGCAAGUAUUGUUUAUGACAGUGGCUCUCAAAGCGUGGUCCUCAGACCAGAGGCAUCAGUAUCACCUGGAAACAUGCUGGAGCUGCAAAUUUUCUAAUGCCACCCCAGAUACAUCAAGCAGAAACCCUGGGGAGGGGCCUAGCGCUAUGUUUUCACUAGGCCUCGGGAGGAUUUCAAUGCACAGUCAAGUUUGAGAACCCCUGGUUUAUGCUGAGCGUUGGUCUUUGAGGCCCGCUGAAGCUCUAGAGGCCCCGAAGAUGAGUAACGCCUGUGGUUUGUCUUGCACGGAAGUCAGUGUGCCACUGAGGCAGCAUCCGAAGCUGUGCAAUACCACCUCCCUCGGUUUCCUAGUAUUGGCACAGAAACAGAACACAUCACACUUUUCUAAUAUGAAUCACUUUCUUAGAAAUUGUUUUCAUUGCUAGAAAGUGAUGAAGGCAUACAUUUAUUUUGAGACCCUAAGAGUCUUAGUGUUUUGGUGUGUCAUACUCCUUUACAAGUGAAAAGUUGUGUUUUACCUAAGGAUAAAAAGAUUCUUGCAAUGUGUUUUCUACCCUGCCACCUCAUUUCGGUGCAAGCUUUGGAAAAAUAAUAGUCUAAGUAUCUAUAAAGAUAGCACAGCAAAAUGAAGGACCUUCGUCUCCAUGCUGGGUAAAACGAAGACCUGAAGGCACCAAAUGGAACACCUACCUAUGUGUCAGAUGAAAUCUAGAACAAUAGGAAUGAAAUGCCUUCUGCAUGUAGCCAAAGCAAAACACAACAGAAUAAAAUCCAGAGACUGUAUAUAUUUAUAAAUUAGAUUCUUUUCUAAUCUAUUACAAGAUAACUUUCUAUUUUUAACUAUGUCAAAUGACCUCCAUCUCAACAUUGGGGUUGUGUUAUCCAACUAUAUGUAAUAAAUAACCCAAGAAUAUUCACUUAAUACCAACCCCCAAAUAGGUAAUAUUAAUGCAGAUGUAUUAAUAAAUUUAUUACAAAUAUAUUAAUACAUGUAAGUGUAUUAUAUCAUAGACAACUGCGAAAUAAGCCCAAUACAUAAGUUUUUAAGUUUUCAUUGACUUGGUGUCAUCUAAAUUAAUAAGAUCUAAAAAGAAUAUAGAAAGCAAAUCAUCAAACACUGUCAUUAUGCAUGUUUUGAGACUAGUAAAUGUUUCUAAUGUUCAUGAAAACUGAGGGGCAGGGAGGUCCAUUAACACAAAGCUUCUGAGAUAUUUAAAAUAAAUAUUUUCCCCAAA